CAUGGCCCGGCCAUUGGUGCCCAGUUCGCAGAAGGCGCUGCUGCUGGAGCUCAAGGGGCUGCAGGAGGAGCCGGUCGAGGGCUUCCGCGUGACGUUGGUGGACGAGGGCGACCUGUACAACUGGGAGGUGGCCAUCUUCAGGCCGCCCAACACCUACUACGAAGGCGGCUACUUCAAGGCUCGGCUCAAGUUCCCCCUGAAUUACCCGUACUCCCCGCCGGCCUUCCGCUUCCUGACCAAGAUGUGGCACCCGAACAUCUAUGAGACAGGGGACGUGUGCAUCUCCAUCCUGCACCCCCCGGUCGACGACCCCCAGAGUGGGGAGCUGCCCUCCGAGCGCUGGAACCCCACACAGAACGUGAGGACCAUCCUGCUGAGCGUGAUCUCUCUGCUCAACGAGCCCAACACCUUCUCGCCAGCCAACGUGGACGCGUCCGUGAUGUACAGGAAGUGGAAGGAGAGCAAGGGGAGGGACCGGGAGUACACAGACAUCAUCCGGAAGCAGGUGCUGGGGACCAAGGUGGACGCGGAGCGGGACGGCGUGAAGGUGCCCACCACGCUGGCCGAGUACUGCGUGCGGAGCAAGGCGUCGCCGCCCGACGAGGGCGCCGACCUGUUCUACGACGACUACUACGAGGACGCGGACGCCGAGGCCGAGGGCGACAGCCGCUUUGGGGACGAGGACGAGGACUCGGACUCAGGCGCCGAGGAGUCCUGA